AUGGAAAGUGAUUUAUCGUUUGACGAAUCCUCAUUCGGAUUUUCCCAAGGCGUCGACCAUGAUCUAAUAAAAGAACUCGUCGAGCUACGCCAAAUGCGAGGGGACCGCGAAAGCCUGCUCCGUACGAACCAUUAUUAUGCCUCUCAGCUCUCCGGCUUGGAAGUUCGAAUUUCUGAGCUUAAAGCUUUAAACGACGCUAAAGACCUAGAAAUCAGUAAACUCAAGACUAAGCUGAGGAAGUUUUCUUCUAGAGGCAGCGAAACUGAAAGAGAGUCAACACGAGGAUCUUUUAGUCUCCACAAACAAGAUUUUGAAGCUAGAUUUGGCUUUGAUGAAGAACAAAGCCAAAAUGAGAUCUUGAGGAUUGAAAGCGCAAGGCUUAAGUUGGAAGUAGCAAAGGCUAAGCAAGAUAAGAGCGACUGAGAGGAAAAAAGCAAAGAAGUGACUGAGAAAGUAAAUAUAUUGGAGAGCGCUAAUAAAGAUUUACUUUCCUCCAAAUAAUAAUGAGAAAUUAUUUAUAAUAUUAAUAUUGUGAAAAAAAAUUAUAUGGGAUCUUAAAUAAAAUAUUCAUAUUGAUUACCUUUAUCCUAUUAUAAUAUGAAAAUAUAAUAACUGUCACCAUUGGAAUUGUGUUUGCUCAUUCUAAUUUUAUUUUUAUUAGAUGCUACGAGUCUAUAAAAACAAAUAUAUUAUUUACUCCUCUACUCUUUGAGCUAACAAAAAAUUUGUUCGUCCACGGAGGGACAUUAAUUUUUUUAUAUAAUUUUUAUAGUAAUUUUUUUUUUUUCAAAAUUAAAAAAAUCCCAAUUCGCGAAAUUGGAAAGACAAAAUUAAUUUAAUUUGUAUAAUUUAUGAUUUAAAUGCAAACUGUUUAAAAUAAAAUAGAAUUAACUAGGGAUUUCAUUAUUCUAAUUAUCACUUAUAUAUCAAAUAUUUUUUCAUAAAAAAUUUUUAUUUACUCACUUUUAGGCGAAAAUAGGGAUUUUUCCAUUAGUUUUUCCCUUAUAGAGGGGAGAGUUAGAAGAACAGAAUAAUAUUUGAAAUAAAUUUAUAUAAAUUUUUAACUAGUUUAAAAUAAUUAAAAGUCAAGGAAAAAUUUGUGUAUUAAUCAAGGAAGUUGGAAGACCAGCUGAGAAAUUUCCAAGAGGUAAGAACUGAGAGAGAUUAUUUAAAAAAUGAGAUGAUCCCGAUGUUGGAGAAGACGAUCAAGCUUUAUCAGAAGAAUAAAGAAGAGCUGGAAAACGAGCUAGAGAACCAACAGAAUAAAAGGAAAAGAAGUCCCAUUUCUUCAAGACUUGGAAGAGAAACUCAAGAAGAAAAUCCUUUUAUCUAUAAAGGAAGAACUGGGAUGAAGCCAAAAGUUUCACCAAAAAAUUCAAGGGCCGGAACUGGAAGUUUUGCAAGCAAGCCAUAUGUACAAAUUAAAAUUCCGAAUACAGGUAUUCCAAGCUAAGAUGAUGUUUGUAGAUUUUAUCCAAAAUUGUAUAAGAAAAUAAAGAAACAAUGGCGGCUACUCUUAUUUGGAUUUAUUGAAAAUGAGAAUAUAAGUAUUAUGGCAAGAAAUUCUAAUACUCAAAACUUUAAAGACAACAUUACAAAAAGAGCACCGACAAACUCUCAGCCAGCAGUAAUUCCUAAGAAGCCUGAUGAAAGCAUGGCGUUUGCUGACAAUUUUCCUGACGAAGAAGAAUUGGAAAUCUAA